UUCUCGGCUCGGCCCCUCAGGAAGAGAAGAGCCGCUCGGAUCCUCCGCUGGCCCGACCGAAAAAAAGUGCGGAGCGGAGCCUUGGAUAGUUUUUUAUUACGCCGGGGAGACGCGAUGCGGUGUUGAAUCAUUUGGCAUGGUUGCCAGAAAUUAAUAAUCAAGAAAAGAUGACAAACAAAAGGAUAUUGAUCACCAAUUGAAGAAAAACUAUACCAGAUAUGACUUCUAUAAAGGAGCAAGCAGCAAUCAGUAGAUUAAUAACUUUCCUACAAGAAUGGGAUAGUGCUGGCAAAGUUACUCGAAAACGUAUUCUUGAAAAUUUCAUUCUUGCUAACCAAGGCAAGACUGGUCCAGAACUUGAGAUAGAAUUCUCUCAAGGAGCCAGUUUGUUUCUGGCACGAAUAACUGCCUGGCUCCGGUUAACCUAUAUGUACGGAACAUGCCUGGAAAAACAGUUAAAAUCAAUUGGCAUCUUUCUUUCAGCUGCAAGCGGCCAGCGGUAUAUUCUUGAAUUCCUGGAAAUUGGUGGUAUCCUCACAUUAUUGGAAAUACUUGGGUUGAAACAAGUGAAAGAGGAAGACAAAAUGGAAUCUGUAAAACUUCUUCAGUUAGUGGCAAAAUCUGGCAGGAAAUUCAAAGAGCUUAUCUGUGAAAGCUAUGGCGUGCGAUCAAUUGCUGAAUUUUUUGCCAUUUCCAAGUCAGAAGCGACACAAGAACAAGUGCAGAUUCUUCUGGAAACAUUAGGACACGGCAACCCCAAAUAUCAAAAUCAGGUGUACAAAGGGCUGAUUGCUCUUUUAAAGAGCACUUCUCCCAAAGCUCAGCAACUGUCACUUCAAACACUCAGGACGAUACAGUCAAUUGUGGGAAAAGCCCAUGUGAGCAUUGUUGAUUCUGUGCUGAGUGUGCUUCGCUCUCUGAAUUUCGAGGUACAGUAUGAAGCUAUCCAACUGAUCAAGGACCUUAUGGCCUAUGAUGUGCGACCAGCUCUGCUAAAAGGCUUGGUUACAUUACUAAAGCCAUCAAGGCAGGAGACAGCCAAGAUGCAAGCAAGAAUCCUGGAAGAAGCAGGCUCUUUGCACCUGAUAGAAUCCUUGCCAGCAUAUGUUCAGCAAGCUGCAGCAGCCAAAACCAUUGGGAUUCUGGCCCAGGAGUCUAGAGAAGUGGCUGAGGAACUGAUUGUCUUGAAUGUGGUACAUGGUCUUAUGUGUGCCAUGGGCAAUAAGGACCACACCAACAGUCAAAGACAAGCUAGCAUCACAUUAGAGUAUUUUGUACAGAUGUUUAUAGUGAUUGAGAACUACAUUAGGAGGGCCAUGGGAGAAAAAUUGUUCGAGCUAUUCAUGCAAGAUGCUGCAAAUUUGUACUUGAAUAUGGAUGCUGUACAGGCUGAUAUACUGGCUACCAAUAUAGUCAAUAUUCCAGCAGAUUGUUUGGCUAAAGGAAAAACUUCGUUAACAGAGACAGAAUCAAGCCCUGAAGAAGAAUGGCACUCUGAAGACAGUGAAGUACUUUCUGAGCCAUUUGCUUAAUUUCAUUCAAGUAUUAGGUUUAUUGUUGAUUUUAAUCUUCUCUCCAUUUUUCUGCACUCUUUGCACAAAAUACCUUUUUCAAAAUCUUUUCAUGCAUCCCUGUGAAGAAAGCAUGAAGGGCUAUAUAACUGCAGUGCAAACUGUGUGGCAUUUGCGACAUUGGGACAGGUGAUUUCUGUUUUCAUUGACUAGAUAAUUACUUGACUAGUUUUCUCAUCUGCUGUGAUACACAGAUUGUACCAAACUACAGUUCCCAUAAUCUUGCAACAAGUAGCAACGGUUCAAUACCACCGAAGGAAAUAAAGCUCAGGAAACUUUAAGGAACAAAAAUGGCUUUUACCAUUGGAUAAUUUUUGGCCAGUUUCAUAUCAUUAUGAAUAAUAUAUUAAUGUGGAACAGCUCCUUAUACAACUAACCUACACUCUAAAAGAGGAAAUGGAAUAUCUAUCUUAAUUAAAAUUGCAUUGAGUUGUUGAA